UUUUCGCCGUCAGCCCAACAUGUUCGGUCGCCUGCCGCUCUUCUGCGCUCCUUCGCUAUACUUUGCGCCGCCGUUCGCGUACCGCUACCCGAUGCCCAUGCCGGCGUAUGGGUACUAUCCUGUCCCGAACCAAGGGGCCAUGCCUACUCGCUCGUUCUGGAGUGUGCCGCCUGUGUCGUGGGUCAGUCCGGGUCACCCGGCUCCUUCCGCCACUGCCACCACCACCGCCACCAGCGCCGAGCUGACGCCAGACGAUGCCGAGAGUGUGGCCGAGGUGCUCGACUUUUGGUUUGGUGACGGCCGCCUAGUUGAGCCUGCCAUCAAGUACGAUGUGUGGUUUAAGGGCGGCGAGGCUAUCGACGAGGCCAUCAAGUCCAAGUUUGGUGGAGCCGUGUCGGCCGCGCUCGCCGGCGGCCUGGCCUCGUGGGAGAGCAAUGAUGCCGGCCGGGUGGCCAAGCUUCUGGUACUCGACCAGUUUACCCGCAACAUGUUCCGCGGCUCCGCGCAGGCCUUUGCUGGCGAUUCCAUUGCGCUGCAGCUGGCGAACGACGCCGUCGCCGAUGGCCUUGUCGACCGCGUCCAUCCGGUUGUCGCUGGCUUUGUCCUCCUCCCGUUUGAGCACUCGGAGUCGAUCGAAGACCAGGGCGUGAUGGAGGAGCAGACAGAGCGACUGGUCGAGCGCGCGAAAAAGGACGCCCACCCGGAUGAGGUUGUCUCGCUCUGCGAGAACUACCUGCAGUACGCGAUUGACCAUGGCGACAUUGUCCGCCGCUUCGGCCGCUACCCGCACCGCAACAAGGUGCUCGGCCGCGAGAACACACCCGAGGAGGACGAGUACCUCAAGGAUGCCGAGACGUUCGGCCAGUGAACAUGCGCGUUUACAGAA